AUGGGGCCCCCAGAAGAGCUGGUGGCCUCGUUCCGGUGGGCCAAAUGCUGUGUGGACUACCUGGACCAGCAGGGGGAGCUGGGCUGGUUGAAAUCCAUGGAGACUUUGCCUAUCUCAACCUGGUUUUCCGGAUACGGAUGCGCAGAGACAGCCUUCCAGAUGUUGGAGUCUGCGUUGAAGGGCAAGAGGGAGACAGAUGGGAAAUCGUUUUCCUCGAGUUACCAAUUCGAGAUAGCAGUCAAGGCCCGCCAAGCUUGCCUGGAUAGAAUUGAUGCACAUACAUGCCAGCACAUCGAUAUCCUGCGCAGGCUCCGAGAUGUGGAUCGAAUCGAGUUAGAAAAGAUUGAGCAAGCCAGCUCCAAUCCUUCAGAAGACUUGUGGGAGUUUUUGCUGAAGAAGCAAUUUCUUUCUGAAGGUCUUUGCUCCAGGCACAAGAACAGGUGUUCUUUUCCCUUGACAAUCAUGGACGUCACUGGCAGUAUGUGCUUGGGAUACUCCACCCUUGGAAAGAAAGACGAUGGGAAAUUGCUGAAGGAGAACUCACCUCAUAACAAGCUUAUGCUCAUAUGGGCUAUUCAUCAUGGACGGAAGCAAACCCCAGCUUUGAUCCAUGAAAACGUGCGGGGUUUCUCAAGCAGCUAUUUGUCAGCAAAGCUUGGACACUUUGGGUAUCGGUUUUUGACCAGUAUCCAGACUACUGGAGAGAACUGUGCGAUGAAAGCAAACAGCCGACAGCGCUUGAACCUAAGCCAGUAUGAUGUCUUCAUCUUGGAGAAGUACUUCAACCAGAUCCGGGACCCAGCUGAAGUGUACCAGCGUUUGGUGGAGCGCCUGACUAGUGUCAUGAGACCCGUGGAAUUGCAACAUGUAGCCUGGAUGAACGGUCCCGAGUGGGAGAAGGACCUGCGGCAAGAGAUGGUGGAGAACCGCAAUCAGAAUAGUGUCAUGUCUGCUGAGGAAGCCAAAACAAUGGAGAUGACCGAUUGGACGGGGCUGCUCAGCUCCAAUGAGCAAGCCAACUACACAAAAUACUUGGAGCAUCUCGGACAGCUAGAUCAGCCAAAAGAGCUCCGACAAAUACGAGCCGUUUGCGUGUCUCAAGAUCCAGAGUAUAUGUUCAUGGCUGGCUCAGAGGACAAGUUGCCCAGCUUCACCACUGAUAGCACACGGAGGAUAAUGCUUACGCAUUUGAACAGAUGGCUGUCAGCAAAAGAGAAGAUGUCACUCGCAGGAUUCCCUGUGCAUAAGGACAUGGCGGCAGCUGCAGGUGUGGGUUUGGUGGAGCUGGACAACACUUCACAAUGGCACCGUGGCUGUGGCAAUGGUAUGAUUGUUGGAAAUGUGGGAAUGGUGGUUCUCUCUGUUUUGAGCUCCAUCAGCCCCAAGGAAGACCUCCAGGCUGCUCUUUCUCAAGCAAUCAGCGACCAAGACAUGCUUGGAGUACCAGAACAGCUGAAAUUCCAUGGUGGCUGGAAGAAAUGGAGAUUGGAGGUGGGACAGUCGACACACAGUUUCGCAGCCAACGACAAAGCAGCGGCUGUGGCUGCAGCGAUGUGGGCCAAGAGCUGCCUUGCUCAUUUGGAUUGUUUACCAUCCAAAGCGCUGCUUGCAGAGACCAAGGAAUCUGGCAUGGCAGCCAAGAGAAACAAAUCCAGCCAGAUCGAGGCAGUGCUCCACCUUCGUUACAGGGCCCAGAAGUUUGCCUGCAUUUGCUGCGCUGGUCCCAAGGUGAAGCCAGAGGUCAUAGGACCUCCAGCAGAUCACGCCGAGGAGAAGAAAGAAAAGCACGUGGUUUUGCCGUUGUCAGCUGUGUACUACACAGAGAUUGUCUCGGGCCGGAAAUGCUGGGAGUUUAGGUUGAGUCCGGAGGGCAUCAAGGCAGUUUGUGAAUGCAAGCACGAGCAAUGGCAGGUGCCUCAUGAACAUUCCAUUGGAAAUGAGGAAGCUGUGGAGGAUGUGCCCUAUUACAUCCACUACAGUGGUAAAAGAAGUCGACUUCUUCUUUUCGAUGAGAAUAUGGUGCCAGAGAUUGAAACUGCUGUCAAAGCAUCGGCCACCGCGAGGGCAUCAAAGCGGGAGUCUGACUCUGCGGGACAGAACUCCCAGUCAGCUGAGACAGGUGAUUCUGCUCCUAGACUGCCACAACGGCCUCAUGGAAUUCAGACUGUCCAGGAAACUCUUGCAGCUAUCAAGCAAUUGAAAGACUGGCUCCUUGAAUCCAUGGAUCUCUGUUUUCAGGAGCCGGAAAAAGCUUCAAAGGAGUUCCGAACCAAGGCCUUGGAGUUGGCAAGUGCCAACCCUGGUUUGUCAGACUUGCUGACGGAGUGCGGGGUUAGCGCUGAGGAAGGCUCUACAGCAUGCUUAAAUUUUUCUCAGCUUGCAAGUUUCCUGCGAAGGGCAGAAGGAGAGCAAGACCAGAUUCAGCAAGAUUUGCUGACAGCUGGCCCGGCUCGGAGGCCUCGUGGAAGACCCUUUGGGUCCACAAACAAGAAAACAGAGGCUGAUGGAGAGGACGCUUCCAAGAAGACCCGUCGCAAGAAGACUCCCAAAGGCAAGGCCACGGGCAGGAAAGAGCCGGAGGCUGAGGAUGAGGGCAUUCAGAGAGCAGAUGAGGAAAAAGAAGGUGAAACUGGUUUCCCAGAGACAGACCCAUUUGGAGAUCUGGAGCAGGAAACCUCAUCAAAGCGAAACAAGUGCGUGACAAUACCCCUCUACGUCAAAUGCUUGGUGGUUGAGUGCGCGAAAAAGCUUGAAAAGGAUGAGAGUGUCCAGAGCAUCGAGAAAGAGGUCAUGGUCCGCUUCAAGAAAUACUUCUACAGCUGCGAGACUAAUGGGUGGAAAAGUAGCCUACUGAGCAAAUGGAUUAAGACCUAUGAUGCUGAGUCUCACGAGAAGAUUCCUUGGUCACUCAUGACCGUCAAAGACAGAGCGCAAAUAAAGCAACUCCCAGACUGGCUUCGCCGUGCAAUGAGCCUUCCUGCCAGAUGCCGGCAUGGACAUGCAAGUCGAGUGCCACAGGAAGUGGAGGAGCGCAACCUCGAGCCGGAAAAAAUGCGGGUGAAAGACAUAGACAAUCGGUGGGUCUACCGGUUUCUCUACAAGUGGCAGUGGAGCUUUUUGACCAGCAACACCAAAGGCCAGUUCUUGCCGGAUGAAAGCACUGAAAUGAAUGAAAUGCGACGUGCACAUCGCUCGCAGCGCGUCAUCGAGGGUGUGCCCUGGCAGAUGGUCUUGAACUUUGACCAGCUCUGGCGUUCAUCAUUCGAAGCUCCAUCAAAAGUCUUACACAAAAGGUCCGCCAAGCAGGCCACACGAGAGGGUGAUCAAUUUAUGGAGGUAAGACCUGAUGAUUUGAUUGGGAAACGGCUGCAGGCUGUGCUGAAGCUUGCAGAAAAUGAGAUGACCUCAAGGAUGGGGCAAGCACCUAAAGCCUCCAAACUUCGAAAGGCAGCUGCACGAUCAGAAUUUGUCGUGGGUGGCAGAGUUGGUGUCACGGCUGUCACGGCCACGAAGCUAGCAAACCUGUGGAUUGACCAAGCCUUAGGUUAUCGAGAUCCAGGUUUGGAACAAGCAUCGCGGCCAAUUCAUCUGGGGCUGAACGGCCAAAAGCAUCUCAGCGUCGGUGUGGAGGAGAAUGUUAAGGCUUUGAUCUACUCAUGGCAGGAGAUGGCCAACUACAAGCGGCUCCUCCGGUGGAGCUGGACCAGUCGUGGAUUGGUCACACCAGAUGAGAUGAAAGAGCUUCAUCCCAAACUCAAUGAGGAGGAGAAGAAUGAACUUGGAGAAACAAGCCCUAGUCCAUUCAAGCAGAUGGUGCAAGAUCCGCAGAAUGACAGCAACUGGCUGAGCCUACCCAUCCUCAUGCAGCAACAUGCUGACAAAAACUAUGCCCAAUACCAGGGAGAUGUAUAUGCCGCUAAGAAGCGGUUAGAGAUCCAUGAGAUCACACAGCGCAAGUAUGACACCAUUGUGGGCAACUCUCUACGCCCAUUGGUCCUUAUGAAUGGCACGGGUGUUCCAGCAACCCAGAAAUAUGUGAAAGCUCACCUGCAGAAGUGUUCUGACGGCACCAUGAAACUCAAGGAUGGCGCGCGAUCGACCAUCAUUUUGUUUGACUUCCUUGAGAAGAAAGUCAAGAUUGGUGGGCUAGACUGGUCACCUUUGCGGGUCCUUGAAGUCGAGACCAAAUUUGAUGGCCUUGAAUUGAAAGUGGACAAGUCAUUCUUGGAGUCGGUGAGAGUUCCAGGCAAGGUCAAAACAAACAAGCAAACAAACAUUUUUGAUUCCCCAGUCGAGGAGGAAGAAAAAGCUAAUGCUGAGCAGAACUACAUGGAGGAACUUGCUGCCAACGGUAUGCUAAUUCCUGUUGUGGAGACUCUAUCGGAUGCUAUGUCUGAUAUGGUUCAAGAGCUUUUUGCGGGAGAUGAGCAAAAGGACACAGAUUCACAGGAACUCUAUUCUCCUUCCAUUGGCCAUCAUGACGACCAACAUAUGAACGGCGGGGAGGAUUUGGAGGGUGCGGGCGACAUGACGGUGAAGAUUGAUGAGGCCGGCAAUUUGAUCGCUGUCUCUCAUGACAUUGAGCUAGUGGAGGAGGGGGUUCAAGCUUGCACUUCCUCGCAGCCAACUGGCACCUUGGUCACACAAACAAAUCUGAUUGGGCAAAAUUUUGCAAACUAUGUUACAUAUAUAUAUAUAUAG